UGGGGCUCCGGAGCGCUCAGCCAGCCCGCCAGCGGCUCCUCAGAGGGGAGGGAACAUCAAGCAGCCCUGCUGGACGCUGGACGCUGGACGCUGGAGGAGGGAGCAACCGAGGUGCCUGCGCAGCUAGCUCUGGACAAGGCUCCAAGCUCCUGGAGGUUCUGUGACUCACUCAUCUCCAUCCCAUCAAGUCAGCCCAGGUGAGGCCUCGCUCACAUCCCACCCUGAGUCCAAAUGUUCUCUGCCUGGAGGAGAUCAAUGUUCCUGUCUGUACAUGAGGACCCCAUGCCCACCAUCGCUUCUUUCAGUGGUGAGAUGCUCAACAUCACUUCGCAAGUCCUCGCGCCGGCUCUCAACGGGACCCCUUCCCAGACCAGCAGCUGCAGCCACUCCGAGGUGUGGGGCUGGCUCAACACCAUCCAGGCCCCCUUCCUCUGGGUCCUGUUUGUGCUGGCGGCACUCGAGAACGUCUUUGUCCUCAGCAUCUUCUGCCUGCACAAGAGCAGCUGCACGGUGGCGGAGAUCUACCUGGGCAACCUGGCGGCGGCAGACCUGAUCUUGGCCUGCGGGCUACCCUUCUGGGCCGUCACCAUCGCCAACAACUUCGACUGGCUCUUCGGGGAGGCCCUCUGUCGCAUAGUGAACACCAUGGUCUACAUGAACCUGUACAGCAGCAUCUGUUUCCUCAUGCUGGUGAGCAUUGACCGCUACCUGGCCCUGGUGAAAACCAUGUCCAUGGGCCGGAUGCGCGGCGUGCGCUGGGCCAAACUCUACAGCCUGGUGAUCUGGGGGUGCGCGCUGCUCCUGAGCUCGCCCAUGCUGGCUUUCCGGACCAUGAAGGACUACAGGGAGGAGGGCUUCAAUGUCACGGCCUGCGUCAUCAUCUACCCGUCCCGCACCUGGGAGGUGUUCACCAACAUCCUCCUGAACUGCGUGGGCUUCCUCCUGCCCCUGAGUGUCAUCACCUUCUGCACCGUGCAGAUCAUGCAGGUGUUGCGCAACAAUGAGAUGCAGCAGUUCAAGGAGAUCCAGACGGAGAAGAAGGCCACGGUGCUGGUGCUGGCCGUGCUGCUGCUGUUCGUCGUGUGCUGGCUGCCCUUCCAGGUCAGCACGUUUCUGGACACCCUGCUGCGCCUGGGCAUCCUCUCCGGCUGCUGGGACGAGCACGUCGUGGACAUCUUGACGCAGCUCUCCUCCUACGUGGCCUACAGCAACAGCUGCCUCAACCCGCUGGUCUACGUGAUCGUAGGCAAGCGCUUCCGCAAGAAGUCGCGGGAGGUGUACUGGAGACUGUGCCGGAGAGGGGGCUGCAAGUCACAGCCCAGCCAGAUGGAGAGCACCAUGGGCACGCUGCGGACCUCCAUCUCGGUGGAACGCCAGAUUCCCAAACUGCCUAGGUGGGCGGGGAGCAGCCAGUGAGCAGAUGCCAGCAGGGCUGUCGCUAACGGGUAGGAGGGGUGAUAGACAGUUGCUCUCCUGGACGUGCCCGACAAGGCAUGGAAGGCCUCCCACGUGUGACCUUGGGCACUGAGUCGGUGUCUCCAGUAAACACAGGCGCGGGAUUCCUACCCUUCCCAGGUUGCCGUGAGCACAGCUGUGAGGACGGAGAUGCUCCGAGCACAGCCACGGGCUCCAUAAACAUGACAGCAGUAUCGCUCUUAUUUGCUGCCACCCUUGGGCCCGUCUGCUCCUGCCCAGGAGCAAAGGGGACCUGGGGGCAGGAACAAGGGUGCCUGUGCUUCCCCCCACGUGGCGUCCCACCAUGCCAUGCCGCAGCCUGACAGCUGUGUUGCAGCGGCAGAGUGCACACACGGUGCCUGGCUGAAUGGCCGCCUUGGAUUUCUUUAACCCGCUCGGCUAGGAAAUUCGAAGGAUAACUUCUCAGAUUCGUGAAAGUGAAGCUCUAAGGGCCUCUGGUGAGAACCUAAAGAUCAGGCCUGGGUCGCUCCCCUCGCCAAGACACAAGGUGGUUUGUGCCAAAGAAGCAAGCAGUAAGCUCUUAUCGGCAUUUGCUAUCUACGUAGCAUUGAGCACUGAGAGUGAGAAGGAAGAAGGAGAAAGUGCAGCUUCACCUUGAAGGAACCUACAAACCCUUGUGGGGAGGACUCAGCACUCGAAACCACCAGCAGGCCGAGGCCCUUCUAGGACAAGCAGUGAAGCAAAGCCUGAGUGCAGUGAGGAGCCUGACACCCCAGCUCCGCCCAUCACCAUCGUCACCUUAAACCCGCCUCAGUUUCUUCCUCUGUAACCUGAGGCUGUGAGGAUGGAUUAAAGGAAGUAACCGGCAUAGAAGUGCUUUGAAAAACAAAAGGUGCUAUGUAAAUGUGAGGCAUUACUCCCACGCGGAGCCUGGAGCACCAGGGAGAUGUGGUGACGAAGAGCCCACCCCUCCUGACCGAUUCAGCUCCAGAUUUUACAACAAAAAGGGUCAAAAGGAUUCCCUCCCCAUUCCAACCUUUUAACCACCAACAUCACCCCUCGGCCCCAAUAAGCAUACACACUGGUAGCUGGAGAAAGAAAGGGGGACCAUUUAGUAUUAGGAUGGAGCUAAAGCACACACAUAUCGUGAGUGGGGGUAAAAAAGGAGGCUGUGCUGUGUCUUGUGUGGCCCUUGUUCAUAAGCCGGUGUGUGCUGGUCUGAAGAUCUCCUGUGAGCUGAGCUGUGUCACAGCCCUGGGAUCCUAACGGUCAUUCGAGGGUCCACCAUGGUCUGGGGAGCAGUCAGUAUGCAGGAGGGGAGCCACCCUCGGGGUUGUGUCGAAACCUCGGUAAAGCCACAAAGAGCUGUUACACUGUAAAGAAGGAGUAUUCCACCGACAGUAAGAGACGGGUGUCAACCUGUGUCUUUUCUGUACAGCAUAAUAAAUGGAUGAGGCGUUUUUGCUCUUCCUUGUGUCACAACUCCUGAAACCCUGAGCUUUCCCGGGGACACUGCCAUGGGCAUUCAGAAGCCUUGGGGGUUUCCAUUUAUUUGUGGGGCACCUAUUUUAGAGCUUCUGUCCUGUAGUUCAGGGGUGUCCAUGCUUUUGCAAUUGUGUAUCUAAGUAAAAGAAUUUCAAUUGUGCGUACCCAAUAUGUACACUUAUCAGGAUGCAUUAAAACGUAUACUCUACAAUACAUAAAGUAGAAAUUCAAGAAAAUGUAAUAGGGUUUGAAUGUUUCCCCCAUCCUACACGCCUACAUUGGUAACUCAUUACCAAGCUCCCAUCAGGAGCCCAGGAGGCCCCAUGAGGCCCUAGGAUCGUAGGGAUGGAUGGUAGUGAUCUACCCUUCAUGCAUGCAGUGUAGAUUUAUUGGGUCCCUUCCAUUUGACCUCCCUUCAACUCAAGAGUAUCCACAUUAAACAGCUGUCUAGCCACUGCUUGCACACUCCCAGUGUCGCGGAACUCAUUAUCCGUUCCUUUUUGGGACCCCUUCAUUAUUCAUGCAUUCAUUCAUGUAUUACACAAAACUUAUGUUCUGUGUCUACAGAAAUGGCAUGGCUCCAUCCAUUCGUGCCAGAAACCUGGCCUCAUCAUUCAAUGCAUCCUCUCCUUCAUCCCUUCCACUCCCACGGAUCAGCCGCUCUUCUAGAUUCCACGAUGUGUUUCCUGGAUCUCGCUUCUUUUCCCACAAAGUCUAACCGUCAUCUCUCAUUGGUCUCCUCACCUCUGAUAUUAGCCACCACCGUCUCCCAAUGAAGACUUCACUCUGCAGUCAGUGAUGUUUUUAAAGAACGCCAAUACAAUCCUUGGGAAGCUAUAAAUAUAAACAAACAAACAAACCAAAAAAAAAGAAAGAAACAGGGUGUAGGAGCCAAGACUUUGGGACCAGGCAGACCUGGAUUCCAGUUCUGAUUUUGGAGCAGGCUGUUACUUGCUCUGUGGUCUUGGGUAUCUCACUCAUCCUUUCUGAGUUCACAUUUCCACCUGUAAAAUGGGGAUAAUAACGGCAUCUACCUCAAAGAACUGCUAAUAGGGUUAGUGUAUGAAAGUGUUUGGCACAGUGUCUGGUUCAGAGCUGGCACUCAACAUGUGUGAGCUGUCAUGAUGGUGGUGAUGAUGACGAUGAUGGUGAUGGCUGUGAUGAUGUGAUGGUGAGGGUGGCAACCACACUCUCUAACAGGAAACCCUUAAGGAGAGUUCCACCACUCUUGGAAUAAAGUGCCACAUCUAUAAUGUGGCUUGCAAGGCCCGUCAUGAGCUGGCCCCUGCCUCGUCUCUGUCGCUCUCUCCACUUCCUGGCUCAUUCUCUACUCUCCAGCCAUCGCUUCUCGGCCUUUUGGCUAAGAUCAAGUGUAGUAUCUACUCUCCAGCCAUAGUGGCCACACACGCCUGAGUCCAGAACAUAUUCCAAUCCCCUUCCGGUGCCCACACUUCCCACCCAGCCUGCACCCCUCCCCAAUGGCCCUGAGCUCAGAGGAAGCUGCCCACAAGUGCCUCCGGGAUCUCACUCAUCCGACGGCCUUUGUUCCCAGACAUGAGCAUGACUUGAGGAAGUCUGUAGUUCAGAGGGAAGCCACCUGGCUGGAAAUCUGAGCUGGGCUUUCAGCAGGUGGAAAGGAACUGGGGGAGCCUCCCACUCACCUCCCUCCACCCCAGCCAGGCAACAUGAGCAGCCCCUCCGCCCCUGAACCCCCUUGGCCCCAGAGAGCUAGUGCAAUGGGGAGAAGUUCAACUGGGCCUCUGGGGGCUUGGAACUGAGACAUGGGCCCAGCUCCUGAGUCCACCCUGGCUGGAGCAAGUGAGGGCCUGGUACAGAGGUGCAAACUGAACGCAGGUGACCCGACGGGAUCAAGCUAGUGAUUUACAUGCUAUCGUCGAUUUAUGAAGCAUUUGAGCACAGUCUCUAUGCAGCAGAGGGUGAAGUCUCUAUUCGUAACGCCAACAAUGUGCUCCGCUGUCUCUUUGUUACUCAAGCGCCGAGCCAUUGCAGAUCCUCACAUAGCUCUGACCGCUUGCCAAGCCCAGGAGGAAGCGGGGGUCAGGGAUGAGCGAGGAGGUCAUGGUUUAGCAACAGCAGUGACUGAAAGUUUAAUGGUUAGUUUGUGGUUUUUUUGGCUGAGGUCAAAAGGGCUCCCUCCAAGUGUCUCACCCUCGGCGGAGCUCUUUUAUACAUGAUCCGCACAACCACUCAGCUAGGCAGGUGCCCAUAUCAUCACCAGUUGCAUGAUGUGGAAACUGAGGCCCAAGAGGGAAGAAACUAUGGCCCACAGUUCCUCAGGAGGGUGCCCUGGAAGCCCACCUAUUCUCGGUGAGUUGGUGACUUAGCAGAGGGAUGCAAAUCCUGUCGCCCAGGAAGCCCUCAGGGUGCCUUCCAGUGUGAAGAGCUUCUGACCCUGGAUUUGAGCUUUUUCCACCCCAGUAAACGGACUUUGCAUUUUUAAGCCUGUUUCCUGUAGAACCACCUCUCCAGAAGCUGGUGGCUGACACUUUACAAAGAUAUUUUUUUUUUUUUUUAGUAACCACUGAAUUGAGAUAUAAUUCACAUGCCGUAGAGUUCACCCAUUCCAGUGGCUUUUGGUGUAUUCACACAGUUGUGCAGCCACCACUGCUGCUGACUUCCAAAGCACAUUCCUCACCCCAAAAUGAAACCCCACAGCCAUUCCUCAUUCCUCCCUCCCUCGCCACGGCCUCGGGCAGCCACUCAUCUCUCUGUCUCUAGUUUUGCCUGUUCUGAACAUUUCAUAUAGAUGGAAUCACAUACCACGGGCCCCUUUGUGCCUGUUUCUUCCUUCUAGCUUACGUUGAGAUAUAAUAUUCAACUGUAGGACAAGUACUUUGGAGGCCAGGCCUUGCGUCCCUACGAUGCCACUUAUUCAACAUGUGAUCUUGGCCAACCACUUUACUCCUUCCCCCCCAGCCCAGCCCGGGCCUUGGGCCUCAGUUUCCUCAUCUGUCAAAUGGGAAGGUACAAUACACUAAGUAUGCCUAACUCACCCAGAGCUAAUGACUCUGAAAAAGGGGCUUUGUAAACUCUAAAGGGCGACACCGACGUGACAGGGGCUGCCCUGGGCUAGGAGCCACGCUCCUGUUUUACAUCCCAGCUCUGCUACUUCCUGGCUGUGGGAGUUUAGACAAGGUCUGUUAGCGUCUCUGGGUUUCUAGCGUUUUGCCUAUAAAGUGAGGAUCUAGGUGUUGUGAAGAUUGUGAUGAAGGUAUUCUCAUGGGUUGAAUAGUGUUCCCUCCCCUCCACCCCAAAUUCAUACACUCAUGGAACCUCAAAAUGUGACCUUAUUUGGGAAGAGGGUCUUUGCAGAAGUGUAAAGUUAAGGCGAGGUCAUACUGGAUAAGAUGCCCUAAAUCCAAUGACGGAGAUCCUUAUAAGGAGAGGAGAGGACACACAGAGACACAGGAGGCAGAGAUCGGCGUGAUGCUUCUAGAGCCAGGGAAGGCCAAGGGUCACUUGGAACCCCCAGAAGCUGGAAGAGAAGCCCAGAACACAGUCUCCCUCCGAGCUUCCACGGGGAACCAACCCUGCCCACAACUUGAUUUUGGACCUUUAGCCUCCUG